CAACGGACUUGGUUCACGGCAUCUCUGGAGACCAACCCAACAGAUUGUGCUUUCUUCUAGGGGACACCAGGUACGUGUGGCCCAUGAAGCUCUUCUACCCACUGGCCGGGCCCUGCAGGAAUCACCGCGGCAGCCCCAGCGAGCUGCAAGGCUUCCAGCAGAUCCAGCGACGGACUAGGCGACAUCGGACUAUCUUCACGGAGGAUCAGCUCCAGGCCUUGGAGACCCUUUUCCAUAAGAACCAAUAUCCAGACGUGAUCACCCGAGAACACCUAGCCAGCCAGAUCCACCUGAAGGAAGAGAGAGUUGAGGUUUGGUUUAAAAACCGCCGAGCCAAAUGGAGACAUCAAAAGAGAUCAACGGCUUCGUCAAUCAUCCUUCCUGGAGCCAAGAUUUCCUCCGAAGAGAACUGCUAA